AUGGUCAGCGUCACCGAGCUCUGCCCGUUGUCCCUGGAGAUCGUGACCCGGCCCUUGAACGGCGGCCCAAGCCGGGCCCUGACGGUUCCUUCCCUGAUCUCAGAGUGCAAAACCAACCCCGAGGGGAUCCCAGCCCUGAUCAGAACCAAUUUCAGUUCGGAGCAGUCAGGGCCAGUGUGGGCGGGGCCCGUUGUUCCGGGACUGGUUUCUGUGGGAAACCCCUCGGGGCCCAGCGAGCACACCUGCAGCCACACCUGGCCAGCAUCGGCCCAGCCCGGGCAGAGCUGCAGCCAGAUCCUCAGGGUCCUUCUGGCACCCCCAUGUCCCCCUGUCCCCGCAGGGCUCUGGGCAGCCGUGACCCUGCUGGAGUGCGGGGGGGACCUCCAGCCCCCCGGGGGGUCCCUGACCUUGCUGUGCCGCGUCUCCGGGUUCGAUGUCGGCGGUUUCCUCAUGUUCUGGAUCCGCCAGAGCCCCGGGCAGGGGCUGGAAUACGUCGGGAGCAUCAGGAAGGAAGGCUGGAGCUCCGCGUGCGCGCCGUCGGUGCAGGGCCGGGCCACGAUCUCCAGGGACAGCGGGCAGAGCUCGGUGACGCUGACCAUGACCGACCUGCGGGACGAGGAUUCCGGAUCCUAUUUCUGUGCCAGAUCUGGCUGUACUGGUGGUGCCUAUAACGCUGGCUGUAUUGAUGGUGCCGGCCAUGGCCCCAUCCCAGCCAGCAGCAGCAGCACCGUGACCAUCUGUGUCCCUGGCACAGAAAUAAUCACGGCCCCUCCCCCAUCCCCAAACCUUCACUGCUUUCCCCAAACUCCCCUGGUUUGGUCCCAAAUCUCCACCACAGCUUUCCUCUACCCUAAGUGCCCUGAACCCUGCAAUUAACCCCAAUCCAUUCAUUAAUUAAUUGGAACCCUU